ACUGUCCUGAUGCGGAGACAAAGAGGAGGGAAAUAGGAAUCCUGGCACCAUGUUCAUUUACCUUGCCUUUUCUGGAUUUUCCUCCCUCUCCACGUGCUAGCAAACUUUCAGCGCCACAAGGCGCCCAUAUGCAAAAUAUUCAAGAGAUUCGUUGAAAACUCGUUUGGGUCUCUACUCACCAUGUCCCAUCGUUUAACAGACGAUGCUACCCAUGGUGCGAUGCUCUCGCACAGUUUGCGCAAGCUUCAACUCAAGGAAGAGGCAGAAGCGUCCGAAUCAUCGGAUAGAACCGCUGCAGACAACCUGUCGCCUGCACGAGGCUUUGACACUGAACAUGCACCCAACGAUCCGCAAGCGUCUUCAGUAGGUAGUUCUCGUCUGGCGCGGAAUUCUCAUGUUCGUGAAGGGUACGGCUUUCGGCCUGCUUCUGGUAUCUCCACACCGGUCAUCUCUUCCGUGCAAGUAGGCAUGAAUAGCCCUUUGCCUGACCCUAACGGUCUCGGAUGGCCUGCUAAAUCCACCGUCUCACGGCUGAAUGCCACACCAGAAGAACGGGCAGCUCGGGAACAGAAACUUGCUUCUGCGGUUCGGACAAUCCUCGAUUGCAUCGGCGAAGACCCAGACAGAGAGGGUCUCCUUCGUACCCCAGAACGCUACGCACAAGCACUCAUGUGGAUGACUCGUGGGUACGAAGAACGUCUCGCAGACAUCAUAAACGAUGCCGUUUUCGCAGAAGAUCACGACGAAAUGGUCAUUGUUCGCGAUAUAGACAUCUCAAGCUUGUGCGAGCACCACCUUGUUCCAUUCACAGGAAAAAUAGCGAUAGCCUAUAUACCUAACAAACUGGUCCUCGGGCUGUCAAAGCUGGCUAGAAUAGCCGAAACAUUCGGUCGACGUUUACAAGUGCAGGAACGUCUCACCAAACAGAUCGCGCUUGCUGUUCAAGAAGCGAUUAAACCCCGCGGAGUGGCGGUAGUUAUGGAGGCAACUCAUCUUUGUAUGACCAUGCGUGGGGUGCAAAAACCUGGUUCCAUUACGGUCACAUCGUGCAUGCUGGGCUGUUUCCGAACACAACAAAAGACUCGUGAAGAGUUUUUGACACUCAUUAAGCGGUAAUUAACCUUCCUUCGGCUUUUGCCAUGGCUGCUAGAGCUUGGCUACGCUGUAAUAAGUACUUGUAUUCCCAUUCAAAUCAAAUUAAUAGCACGCUGCAAGGUAGAAGUACAAAUCCAUUACGAUGCUGCUAUAUACGACGAAAGCAAAUAGAUUGACAGGACAGAAUAGGGAUGCCGUGGACAGCAAUGCAAUCAGUCUUUUCGACCUAAACGAGCCUUCUCAGUAUCAAUGGGUAGUAACUUCUUGGCAAGACCAUGCGCAUUGCCUGAAGCACCCUGUGAAACGUAGCGAUUGCGGUUGAUCUUGGGACGCUUUGGAGGUAUUACGAUAUCGGGGACAUUCGCGAAGGCGUCAGGUACAUCUCGCUCACGAU